GAAUUAAAUAGAAAAAGAACAUAUUAAUAAAUUAAAAUAUAAUUAAACCUCUCUCCCUCUUUCUUCUCUCCAAAGCGCAUUGCUAGUAGUCGCUGCUCCGAAAUUUCGUUCGCGAUCCGCCAUUACAAUUUCUCUCUCUCUUUCUCUCUCUCUCUCGCUCACCUGUAACUCGCACGCAGCCAAACAGUACCAAAAUUAGGGUUUUCUUUUUUGUUUUUCUUCUAGUAGUGAAAUUGCAACAUAUGACGCUGAUUUGAUUGAUGUGGUUCACCGGUUUUUCUCACGCCCAAACCUCACAGUCCUCCUCUCAGCCUACGUUGGUGCGGUUCGUGCAAUUCGGAGGGCUGCGGUGAGGACGUCAAUGGCAGCUCCUCGAAAUCUGAUAGGCGAGAGUGGGAGGUUGCUGAGGGACGAAGAGAGCGCGGUGGCGAAGGAGGACGACGAUUCGCCCACCGGAAAGAGGCCCAAAUUGGAGAGGUUCCCCUUCACUCGAUGGGAGUUAGCCGGCGCUUUCGGUGUCUUCUUCGUCUUCUCUGCCGGCCUCUUCUGCAUCUACUCCACCAUGCCCGCCGCCGACUUCCGCAAGCUCAAGCUGCCUCGCACGCUUUCCGAUCUCCGUUUACUCAAAGAUCAUCUGGCAUCAUAUGCUAAAGAUUACCCAGCUCAAUUCAUUCUGGGUUACUGCUCCACUUACAUCUUCAUGCAGACAUUUAUGAUUCCUGGAACAAUUUUCAUGUCUUUGCUAGCUGGAGCUCUUUUUGGUGUUAUCAGAGGCCUUCUCUUAGUUGUUUUUAAUGCUACAGCUGGAGCAUCAUCCUGCUUCUUUUUGUCUAAGUUAAUUGGCAGGCCUUUAGUCAGUUGGUUGUGGCCUGAAAAGUUGAGAUUUUUCCAAGCAGAGAUUGCUAAGCGCAGAGAUAAGCUGCUGAAUUACAUGCUUUUUCUGAGGAUAACUCCAUCAUUACCCAACCUAUUCAUUAAUUUGGCAUCUCCUAUUGUUGAUAUACCGUUCCACAUUUUCUUUUUUGCUACUUUGAUUGGUCUUAUUCCAGCAUCCUAUAUCACAGUCAGAGCUGGCCUUGCUCUUGGGGAUCUCAAGUCAGUCAAGGAUCUAUAUGAUUUCAAAACUUUGUCUGUUCUUUUUCUAAUUGGUUUUGUCUCCAUUUGCCCUACCCUUCUGAAGAAGAAGAAAAUCUAUGAAUGAAGGUUCCAUUAACCAGGCCCUUUGCAUUGUCUGAUCGAGGUUUGAAGAGGAAGCAAACCUGAGAAUAUUGGUGGAGCCCCUCCCAUCUUCCCGUUGAAGGCAGCUUACUCAGUGUCUAGAUUAAAUUGUGAACACUCUAGCAAUGAAUUAUGAUUCAAUAACUUAUUAAUUGAAUGUUAAAUGAAACUGGAAUAUGGCAUAGGCUCCCCAGUCCUUUUUUUUCCCACUGAAUUAGUCAUUGUGGAGUCAUUUGAGGUAUGGAAAGAUGUGCAAAAUGGUGUUAUAAUGCUUGUGCACAUCUAAUUUCCACCAAAGAUAGGAAUUGACAUGGCCUUGUAGCAUUGGUCUACUUUUCUAUAACAAAUACUAAAGCUUACAGUUAGUCAAUCAAACAGUUGAAUGUGAAGUGGAAUUGCCACUUAAAAUUUCUGGAAUGGAUCUUCGGUUUACUUUUUAUUUAAUUAUUGGGGAACUAUAUUUACUCUUUAA